UACUUCCAAUUCCAAUCCAAUCCCCCACCCCCAAUGAAUGCCAAACCCAAAAGCAGAGGUAAUGGGAUUGGCAUUCCAUACUGGUUGUACUAGUUGUGCCAGCAGUAAUAAUAAAUAUUUCCUCCUUUAACUUGAUACAAAUCCCACUACAACUAUUACUACUUGCCUUGCCGAGCUAGUCCAUAAGCCCACCUGUCAAUUGCUACUCUUCAGUUUACCGCCUCGUGGCAUUGUUGUUGAGAGUGUAUAUAAGCAAGCUAUGUGUACCUGAAACCCUGAGGCAUCAUCGGCAAUUUUUUUCUAGUACUAGGAUUCCAGGCGCAGACUGCAGAGGUUUUCCGGUGAUCGGAUGGGGUCAAUGCUUGGUGACUGGCCUUCUUUCGACCCUAUGAACUUCAGCCAACUCCGACCAUCUGAUCCUUCAAGCCCUUCGAGAAUGACACCUGUUACAUAUUGUCCAACUCAUGAUAGGUGCCAGCCACCACCUAACCAAGUGAUAGCUUCAGAAUCAAGAAAUAUACUUCUGAGGAACAUGUAUAAGCGCACCGAAGACAAGCUGAGAUCUAAGAGGCCUGCAUCUGAAAUUUUGAUCACAGAUCAAGGACUCAAGCAUCCUAGGACUUCAACUGCUGAAUCUCCCUUCUGAGAUUUUAUGGCUGAAAGUCUUAAGAUCUGGUUGUAGAUACUUUCCACCAAGUAUAGGUUUUGGCCGCUGUUGCUGUAAACUGUUAGUUGACUUGUUCUACUUACCAGCAGACUUCUCAAACUGCCAACUUUGAUGGUAUGAGAUGUAAUAGGUUAUAUAUAUAGCUGGAUCGUCUCACAGCUGCUUAGUUAAUUGCAUCUGGAGAUGAGCCUUAUCCUGGACAUUGAUAUCUUAGCUAUAGUCCAUGUUCUGCGACUUUGGCUUUUCUCUUGGGAAUCUUUUAGUUUCCUGAACUCUUAUACAUGAUCCUUGUGCAAUCUCCACCAAA